UGCCUUCCAGGCAAAAACAAUAUUAAUUGCCCAAAUGUUAUUUUAGAAAACAGAUCAUACAUUCAAUAUAAAUUUUCAAAACUAAAUUCAACAGGAAAGCUCAUUUUAAAUUAAAAUUGUCCUCCAUCCUAAAGAAAACACACUUGAAAUUUAUUUAUUUUUAUUUAUUUAUUUUUGUCACAACAUCAUACAAAAAGAUUAUAAGCAUAUAUAUAGAAAGAAGAAAAGAAAAACAAUGGGACAGGAACGGUAGGCACGUUUGUGCGCUUAUGCACGCCCCUUAUGGUCCUCUUAGGAAUGGGGUGAGGUCAAUGGUGUUACUGGUGUUCUCCGAUCAGAGGGACUAGCCUUUAAAGUACUGGAGGAAGAGCUGCUACUUCUGGGAUGUGAGGAAAGCAGCCGGGAGGUGAGGAGAGUGGCCAGGCAGCAAGGCCUCCAACAGACCCUUCAACAGAGAAGCUGCUCUUGAGGAAAGCGGCUUUUGAGUCUCCACAGAGAUUUCCUCAAUGUUCGCAAGACCACAGAUGGUUCUUAGAUAUUAAAAAGAGGAAGAUCUUGAAACUGCCGCCUGCUGGAGACGACACGGCCUUUCUAGAGAGGCAAUGUUAGAGGGACACUUUUCUUCUAGUCCAAUGCCCAUCAUCCGAGUCCCGCAUGGAAUAUGAAGCCCUCCGUGUCCUCUGGCAUCGCUCCCAGGAUCCUCCAGGGGGCUCCCUCGGUAACCGUUGGAAAGGUCUGGCAGAGACCCCUCCCACUCCCGCUUUCGAAGAAAACUGAGCAUGCGCAUUGUUCUUUCCCCAUCACAAGUGGUUUUUUUCCAGAGAAGGCUGGGAGCGCAUCUGCCUUGGCUGAGUUUCUCCAGAAGUCCAGGAGGUUGCAGGGAAAUCUUACACGGAUGGAGAUCCAGACGUUGUUAUUAGAGGCGUGCAUAGCGACCUGCAAAACUUCAUCAGAAGGGGAUUCCGUCUCCUCCUCCUCUUUCCUAGGCUGAGAGAAGCGACUUGCUGAAGUCGCUCCUGCUGGCUUUGCAUGCAAGGCUGCAACUCCCUGUGCAAGAAAUUGGAUAGAAGAUAUAUAAGUUGGAAAUCUUUCCUGGUUCCUCUUUAGUCCAGAGAAUCUUGUGUGGGAAGAGGGCUGAUUUGGCCAGACCUCUUCUGAAUAAAAAAACCUGAGGAGAUCCAUCCAUCCAUUUUGGAGCUGGAUUAGAGAUCAGAGAGAAAAUGGAAGGAAAAAGCCCACCAGAUGCAGGAGUUGGAAAACGCCCUCCAACUACUCAGCUUUGGAACUGUGAGAAGAAUAUGGCAAGUCCUGGGCAGAAGAGCCAUGAAGAGGAAGCCAACAAUUCAAAGAUCCAAUAUUGUCACUUCAGAAUGGUGCCGUUCCAGGAUGGGAAGAGUCCCCGAGAUGUUUGCACUCAGCUUCACCGCCUUUGCUGUCAAUGGCUGAAGCCGGAAAGACACACAAAGGCUCAGAUGCUGGACUUGGUGCUCCUGGAGCAGUUCCUGGCUGUCCUUCCCCCAGAGAUGGAGAAAUGGGUGCGAGAGUGUGGAGCGGAGACCAGUUCCCAGGCAGUGGCCCUGGCUGAAGGCUUCUUGCUGACCCAGGAGGAGGAAAAGAGGCAAGAAGAGUUGCAGAAAUCCUUGGAAGCUGUCACUGAGUAUCCCAAGGGGAGGAAAGAUUUAUUCAAAACUUCUCAAGAGCUGCAGUUCAGGGAGACGUUAUACAAAGAUCAAAGUCACAACACCACUCCAGAGGGUAGAAAGCUGUCCUUGGAAAUUUUAGAAUCUCCUCUUUGUGGUGGGGCUGAAGGAUUGGCUGAACCACUAUUUCAGGAUGCUGUGUCUUUUGAGGACGUGGCCGUGUAUUUCUCCAAGGAGGAAUGGUCUCAACUGGAUGCUGACCAAAAAACGCUCCAUGGAGAAGUCAUGCUGGAGAAUUCCAGGAAUCUGGUUUCUCUGGGCUUUAAUGUUCAAGACGAUAAGAAACAGGAAUGCCAAGCCAUCCAUCUGAAAGAGGAAAAAGAGAAAUUUGCAGAUCAGAUGCAACCAAAGAAUGGUGAAACAAAGCAAACACCAAGUGGAAUUAAAAAUGGCUUUCCUCAGGUCAGUUGGCUUCCUAGCUGUACAAACAUCGAUACGAUAUACAUUGAUCGAUAUCAAUGCAUGGAAUCUGGAAAGAGCUUUAAUAAAUCCGAUCAUCUCAUUUCUCUUAAAAAGACACAUUCGGAAGAGAAACCAAAUACCUGCAUGGAGUGUGGAAAGACCUUCCGUACUAAUGACUCUUUUAGAACUCACAAAAGGAAUCACAAAGGAGAACUUUACAAAUGCUUGGAGUGUGGAAAGAACUUUACUCGUAAAAGUAAUCUUAAUUCCCAUAAGAGGAUCCACACAGGAGAGAAACCAUAUCAAUGCAUGGAGUGUGGAAAGGGUUUUAGUAAGAAUAGUCAUCUUAAUCGCCACAAGAGGAUCCACACAGGAGAGAAACUAUAUCAAUGCAUGAAGUGUGGAAAGGCUUUCAGUUAUAAUCAUUCUCUUAUAAGACAUCAAAGGAGUCACAAAGGGGAAGAACCUUAUAAAUGCAUGGAGAAUGGAAAUAGCUUUAAUAAAUCCGAUCAUCUUAUUUGUCAUAAAAAGACACAUUCAGGAGAGAAACCAUAUACCUGCAGGGAGUGUGGAAAGAUCUUCCGUACUAAUGACUCUCUUAGAACUCACGAAAGGAAUCACAAAGGAGAACAACUUUACAAAUGUUUGGAAUGUGGAAAGAACUUUACUCGUAAGAGUAAUCUUGAUUCCCACAAGAGGAUCCACACAGGAGAGAAACCAUAUCAAUGCAUGGAGUGUGGAAAGAGCUUUAGUAGUAAAUAUGCUCUGGUUCACCAUAAAAGCCUCCAUACAGAGGAGAAGCCAUAUCAAUGCAUGGAGUGCAGAAAAACCUUCUGUUACAAUCAUUCUCUUAUAAGACAUCAAAGGAAUCACAAAGGAGAAAGACCUUAUAAAUGCAUGGAGUGUGGAAAGACCUUUACUUGUAUUGAUCAUCUUAAUUCCCACAAAAGGAUCCACAUAGGAGAGAAGCCAUAUCAAUGCAUGGAGUGUGGAAGAACCUUUGCUUUUACCAGUCAUCUUGAUUACCACAAGAAGCUUCACACAGGAGAGAAGCCAUAUCAAUGUUAGGACUGUGGAAAUAACUUUAAUCAUAGCAGUCAUCUUAAUUUGCACAAGAGGAUCCAAGCAGGAGAGAAGCCAUAUAAAUGUGUGCAAUGUGGAGAGGGCUUUAAAAAGAGUUGUGAUCUCAGUUCCUAUGAAACAAUCCAUUCGGGGUGGGGGGAACCAUAUGAAUGCAUGGAGUGUGGAAGGAGCUUUGCAAGAAGUAACGCUCUUUACUUGCCAUAGAAGGAUCCACACGCAGGAGAAACCAUAUCAAUAAAGGAAGUGUGGAAAGAGGUUCAAUAGAAAUAUAGGUUUAUGCCUGCAGUUUGAGCCCAAAAUUCCCACUGCCAAGCAAAACGGUUGUUAAGUGAGUUGUGGUCCAUUUUAUGACAUUUUUGCCACAUUUAUUAAGUAAAUCAUUGCAGUGGUUAAGUUAGUAAUACUAUUGUUAAGGGAAUCUGGCUUUUCCAUUGAUUUUGCUGGUCAGAAGUUUACAAAAAGUGAUCACAUGACCCAGGGACAUUGUAACCAUUAUAAAUUGAGUCAGUUACCAAGCAUUUGAAGUUUGAUCAGGCUAUCAUGAGGAUGCUGCGAUGGUCACAAGUGUGAAAGUCGCUUUUUUCGGUGCUGGUGUAACUUUGAACAAUCACCAAAUGAAGUAAAUUGAGGACUAGAUAUAGUUGACUAAAAUCCCAUGCAAAUACCAUUUGAGUAAUAAACAAAAUAAAUACUAGCUUGCAUAAUUGGCCUUUCUAGUGCAAACCUGAACAAAAUGGAUCCUGCUUGUGUUUUUUCUAAGAUCUAAUAGUCUGCAUAUAGAAAUACUAGCUGAAUACCCGUGCUCCGUGAUAAAACUAUGUGAUCGGGCUUGAUAAAUCUACACUUGCAGCUUGAAAAUUAAUGAGUAGUUACAAUUGGCCUCUCCUCUCCCCUUCUCUCCCUCAGCCUUGCCCCACAGAAGCCUAUCCUAUCAUAUCCCCUGCUUGCUGCUGUUAUUUCUUUUCAGGUGGGGAGGGGGAGUAGAACUCCUUAGCAUCAGAGCAUGUUAAUAAUAACAUAGGAAAUACUAACACUCUGAUGGUCAUUUCUAAAAAUCCUUUCUUAGUGAGCACC